AAGUUAAUAUGUUAUCGUGAUUAGAAAAUGUUUAAAUAUGGUGUGCACUGCUGGACUUGUCUGGGGGCAUCUCUUUCACAAAACUCAAACCACAUUGGCUAAGAGGACUGGAUUUGUUUGGCAUGCUUCCUCCCUACUACCCUCCCCUCCCCCCUAGAUAGUUAGCUAGCUAGUCUCUAUCUCUAUUUCUCCUUUUCUUCCAAACUCCAAAAAUGCAACAACAUUUGCUUUGAUUUCUGUGUGAUAAAUGAGAAUCUUAAAUUCUUCCUCAUCAGUCCUAAUAAUACUAUUUUAUUCUUUUCUCUUUUAAUAUAUUUUUUUUCCUUAUAUAUAUCUUUCGGGGUGGUCACUUUGGCAGUAUAUACUGGGGAAUGUGAAGGCAAAAUAAAGAGAGUUUGGUUUUUGCAAGCUCCACAAAAAGUUCCUCUCUUCUCUUCAUAAAAGUACUACGUACAUAAUACGUCGUUACAGGUAACAAUACGUUCCAAUUACGCAGAUAUUGAGUCUAAUUGAAGAAACAUCUCCUCCUCUUCUUCCUCUUCCUCGUCGUCUUUUUAUCAGAAUUUCUUCAGUUUUAAAAAAUGGAGAAGCUCAUCAAUCCAUAUGAUAAGGAAUACAUGAAGAUGGCGAUGAUAAAGCACGAAGAGAUCUUUAGAGAGCAGGUCUACGAACUUCAUCGUCUAUAUCAAACCCAAAAAUUACUGAUGAAAAACAUGUCGAGUACUAGCCGGCAGCCGCAGCAAGUCACAAAAGAUCAUCAAGUGGUCAACCAUCAACUUAAUUUCGACUCAAACCAGGAGGCCAACCAUCAAUGCAUUAACUUGGAAAUAAAGCCAAGUGGUGAAGAGCACAUUGCAGAAUCUGUUGGUGAAGAUGAGACUGAACUGGAGUUGACUUUAGGCUUGUCAAGUUAUAACAACCGCAGGAGAAAAAAAACUAUUAAUAAUUCUGAUUCAGCACCAAGUUUUUCUUCUUCCAAUUCAACGGGAUCAGCUAAUUCAAGCCAAAUAAAACACACUACGACAAAUUUAGCAAGAAAUUAUCCGAGGAAUGUCGAUCUAAAUGGAGGCCAUAAAUGGGGAGUUGAGAAUUUACCCGUUGCCAGUAAUUUCCAGCUUGGUGGAAGAACGUCGUCACAAAGCAAUCAAAAUGUUGAAGAUCAGCAAUAUAGAUCACAAGAUUCAUUGAAUAAUCCUCCUUGGCUUUUUCAAGUUUUGAGUUUGAAUAUGACUUGAGAAAAAAAGUACUACUAGCUAGUACUAGUAAAUCAUAAAAGAAACGAUUAUUUAUCGAUCAUGAGCUGAUGAUCAGUGGGGUGUGAUAAGAUUUUAGACUUUCAUCCUACUGAUGACUACUGUGAUUUAAUUUGUGUGAAUGUUUAGUAUGAUUAUAUUUUGUUUCUCCGUUAUGGUAUCA